AUGCCUGCUUCUCUGUUCUGGACCAGCGCUGCAACUCUGCCCACAUCUUCCAAAUUGCUUCAAGUCAACGUGGGAAGUGGGGCUGUGGUUGUCGACGGCCCCCGUGUGGGUGGAAAAGAAAACGUCUCGAAUAAUCCAGAAGCCGAAAUGAGCUUCCAAGGGAAAAAGGAGGUGGAACAAAAUGUCAUCCUCCAGCUACUUACCCAGCACGUCCUGAACAAUUCGGAGGAAAGGUUGCCAGAAAAUUACCAGAUUUGUUUGUGGCUGCGGAAAUGCGAUGCCUUCCUGGUGAUUGCCGCAGGCUCUGUCCAAGCCGAGCAAGACAAUUAUUACUCGUACGCAGCUCCGGAUCCGGAACUAACGAUAUCUGCGGCGGGAGUUGAACAAGGCAUGCACAUUCCGGUCGCUAAUCGAGGGCUCACUUGUGCCUCGCAUCGAAGCGAAACUAGGAGUCUGACGAUCUGGUGGUACGAGUCGACGAGUGGGAGCUGGAGACACCCAUCACCGUCAAAGUGGCUUGCUGCAGAGGCCCGAAAGGGAGCAACGCGCCGUUUCAACGGCCUCGUUAAGGCGGUCGAUAGGCCCGAAGAGACCAAGGCGGCUUGUAAGGACGCAGUUGAAGCAAUUUUCAACGCUGGUGCCGUUCUGCUGGACCUCCGCCACGUGGGUGCAAGUAGCGGGGAACCCGGGUCUGCUGGUGGUGGUGGUGGCGGCCAGCUGCGUUAUUGUGCGUAA